AAGUCGAUCUCAUCGCUUCAUCUUCGUCUUCAUCUCCAUCUCCAUCUCCCCCCCCUCCUCCCACCUUCGAUCCCCCCUCCGCCGCCAGCAAUGGCCUCCAAAUUCUUCCCCGUCGUCCCGCGGGUCGGUCGUCAAUUGUUCCAGUCCGUCCCCAAGUCCCAAUGCAGACCCUUCUCGGCUGGUCCGCAACGAUUGAGCGACUCCCUUGCCGUGCACCGCAACAAGCCCACCAACAACCCGACCAUCCCCUUCCAGUUCUCCGAGCAGAACCUCAGACUCGCCGAUGAGAUCCUCAAGCGUUAUCCCCCCCAGUACAAGAAGGCUGCCGUCAUGCCUCUGCUGGAUCUCGGUCAGCGCCAGCACGGCUUCACCAGCAUCAGCGUCAUGAACGAGGUCGCCCGUCUCCUGGAGAUGCCCCCCAUGCGGGUCUACGAAGUCGCGACCUUUUACACCAUGUACAACCGGGAGCCGGUGGGCAAGUACUUUGUCCAGCUCUGCACGACGACGCCGUGCCAGCUGGGUGGCUGCGGUAGUGACAAGAUUGUCAAGGCUAUCACGGAGCACCUUGGCAUUACGCCCGGACACACCACUGAAGACGGUCUCUUCACUUUCGUCGAGGUCGAAUGUCUGGGUGCCUGUGUCAACGCUCCUAUGGUCCAGAUCAACGAUGACUACUACGAGGAUCUGACUCCCGAGUCGAUCAAGACCCUGCUUACCGCGCUGAAGGACUCCACGACUGCCACAGAGGCCGGCAAGCCCGUCCAGGUGCCUGCCCCCGGACCUCUGAGCGGCCGAGAGAGCUGUGAGAACAGCGGUGGACUCACGAACCUGCGGGAACCCGUGUGGGACCCCGAGACGAUGAUGCGAAAGGACGGUGCUUUGGAUCAGCAGCAAUAAAUUCCAGAUAAUUCAUAAUUCAAGCGAAGGGAGAUUUGUCUUUGACUUGAUGUCUUGUGAUUGUCUAGUUCUCAUUUUCUUUUUUUCCUAUCUCUAUUCUCCUGGUUGGUAGUAACGAACAGGGACCGCCAGGCGUCGAUUAUUGUACAGUACGUUGUUCCUCUUUUUUUUUUUGUUCCUCGGAGGAAGGCCAAAAUUCUCAGAUGAUGGUGGGCAGUCCUCUCGACCUGCCAUUGUUGAAGAGUUUGUUUAGCAGCAACCCAAUAAAUCCAUUUGCUUUCGAGUCUCACCGUGAUCUUCCAGCUUAACGCAUUCCUCAGUGAGAACUUCCACUUCUUCCACUUUCUUGGUCAUGUGCCCAGGGUCCAGCCCCAAGUAAAUAAACGUUCCUUCUCUUCUCACUUUUCCAACUCAAUUCUCACUUCUCAACCUUCAUCUCAUCUUCCCUCCUCCGCCUUCCUUACUCCAGAGAGUAAGAUUUACAUUGUUUGCCCCUUUCCCCUUCCCUCUUCUUUCUCAAUCCCCCCAAGAGUCACAUCGUACCCCUCUCACCCCUUCCCCAGGACGGAGGCCCGGCGGUACUGAAAGAUGGACACGUCCACGGUCCGUCUGGCCAGAAUGUGAUACACAUGGACGUGUUUCGUCUGUCCGUACCGCCGGGCCCGUCCCGUUGCCUGAAUCAUUGUCGACUCGUAGUUGUACUGAGUCUCUGCAAGCAUGGGUGAGAGGAAUACGAUGUGAUUCGCUUCUUGGAGGUUCCUAACAAAGAACAUCAGUCAUGCUUGCAGAGCAUAAUGGAUC